AUGGCAAACCUGGCCGCUCGAAUACCCAAAGGCACUUGGGACACGCACAUGCACUGCGUAGACCCAACCAACUUCCCGCUUUCCAAGGAUGCAAAGUACACACCAUCACCACACACCAUCCAACAAGCCCAGACGUUCCUCUCGUCCCUUGGGAUCACCAAAAUGGUCAUCGUGCAGCCGUCAAUCUACGGCAACGACAACAGCUGCACGCUCGACGGGCUCAAGCAACUAGGUCCCAGAAACGGGCGGGCAGUCAUCCAGUUCGACCCUGAUGUAGCGAACGAACAGCAGCUCCGCGAAUGGCACGACCUAGGCGUACGAGGCGUCCGACUCAACUUCAAAAGCGUCGGAGCGAAGCUCGAAGCCACCUCGCUCGCGGCACAGCUACACAAGUACGCCAAAGCCGUCCGGCCGCUGAACUGGGUUAUGGAGAUCUACAUCGCCAUGGAGGACAUCCCUCUGCUUGAGCCGGUAGUGCCAGAGCUGGGGGAUGUGAAGAUCUGUAUCGACCACUUCGGCCAUCCGAGCGAUGCGUCCAUUUCUACUGCCCAGUCGAGCGAGCUUCUGCCUGGGUUCGCUGCGCUCGAUGAGCUGCUGAAGCGGGACAACGUUUGGGUCAAGGUCUCUGCUGGAUACCGGUUACAUCGUGACCCGAAGCAUCCGCUGGUUCAGUCUUUGGCUAGGUAUAUCUUGAGGAUGAGGCCGGAUCGGUGCGUCUUUGCUACUGACUGGCCGCAUACGAGGUUCGAAGAUGUGGAUGUAACGCAGUAUUUGCAGGAGCUGUUUGAGUGGUGCGAGGCUGAGAAUGUGUCGAUUGAGGAUAUCUGUGUUAAGAAUGCUGAGGAGCUGUUUGACGCGUGA